AUGCUAAAAGAAACUCGUAAAAUGCGAACCUUAUUAGAGCCUCCAAUUAACAUUUGGUAUAACACGGUAGCAAAUGCCCAACCAAAUCGCAGAGUAAAACCGUUCAAAUCAAAUUUUGUGGUGCCAGUGGCUGAAAAGUUAGAAGAAAAAUCAAAUAAGUCUUAUCCUGCCAGUGUCGUAACAAGUACAAAAUGUGAGAUAACAGCAGAAAAUCCUCCUAAUCCACCUAAUCCUCCUAAACCAUCAAAUACUAAAAUAAGUUCAUCUAAUAUAGAAAGCUUGAAUAUGCCGUCUUAUAAAUGUUGCGAAUGUGGUCGUCCCAUGACUCUCAGACAUUUCGGGAGAUUUCUAAGUUGUGGAAGUUGUCAUUAUUCGACUAAUUGUUGUAAAGCUUUUGUUGACCAUAUGAUAAUGAAGCAUUCAAAAUUGAAAAGGACUGGAAAAAAUAUGGCAAUGGAUCUGAAACCUAUUGUAUUGAAGUAUCCUGUGAACUGCGCAUGUGGAUAUUCAUCCACUGAUGGAAAUGUGAUAGCAACACAUUUGGUAAAUUGUAAAAAAAGAAGUUGCCAUAUUUCAAAUUCUUCGAAAAGUAUGAUAACGGUGAUUAAACAAGUAGCCGAUGGAUUUUGGCAUAUUGAUAAAAGUCCUAAAGAAAGAAAAUUACCAAUUUCACCUGCAAAAUCUAUUCAAAAUGAAAAACUUUUGGAUGUAUCCGAAACAAAAGGAAAUGCAAAGUUAGUUACUGAGAGUGAAAUUAAAGAAAAAACUUCCAAUAAACAUUGUACACUAACAAUGAAAUCAGUUCUGCUAAACAAAGCUGAUACUCAGAAUAAAGAAAAACAAAUUUAUCCAAAAUUAGGUAAUGAUUUUAACAUUAAGAUUGCUGAAGUGACAUCUUCAGCAUUAAAACCAAUAACCAGCAAAGCAAAUCAAAUAAAUCCAUGUAAUGCUGUUCAUAACAAAUUGAAUACCGAAUUAAAAGAAAGUGACGACAGUCCUAGCAUGUUGAAUGCUUUAGGACUUGUUCGACGUUCCAUAUCCAACACUUCAGAUAUCGUCGAAACUCCUAAAGACGUAUCAGAAGAUACUAAAUUAGAUUCACUGUACUGUGAAGUAGAAGAACCUAAUGCCAUUAUGAAUUCUUGGGAAGAAAUUGAAAUUGUGGAUGAUUAACUUUUAUAAAAUAUAAACUGUGAUAUGGCCAAAUAAUAUGUAGAAAAGAAUUAUAAAUUUAGAAAUUUUUAUGCAAAAUUGAUCGACAAAUAGAAAAUUAUUUACUAUAUAAUCUUUUGAUAUAGAAACAUUUAACUUACAAGUUAAAAAUUGAUAACAUUUACAAUAAAGAUUCAUAAAAAAUAUACUGUUGUAUUAAAUAUGGCAUUUCAUUUCAUUAAGAAAAAUUCAUUUUGACUUUUGUUAUUUUGAAGUCCGAUGCUGUUUCAUUGUAUAAAGUUUAUUUUCCCUAGCAAACAAUUUUUAAAAUUGAAAUUUUUUUUGAUAAUAAAUUUGUUGCAGAAUAUCUGAAGACAGAAGUUAAGUAAAGAAUUAAAUUUGUUGAAUGUUAAAAACUAGACUAUAAAGUAAGUUUUGCCUUGCACUUAAACUUUAUAUAUAAAUUAUAUUGUAUGUAAAGUGUUUUUUACACAUUGUAUCAAUGUAUCUCUUAAAAUAGAUGAAUAUAAUUUCAAAAAAUUAUAGUAAUGUUUUUCAGUAUAUGAGCAGGCUCAUAUCAGUUAGUUAUUUCUUAACAAUUCUCUAUUGUCUUGCAAUUUCCAGAUGAAUUGCUUGAGAUUAACGAACAAGAAGUCAUAUAAUAAUACAGAGAAAGUAAGUCUCUUUUGUCAUUGUUUAUAAAGUAUUUUUCAUUGUCAUUUUCCGUUAUUUGUUCUUAUGCAUUUACACAUACAAUUCAUUGAAAAAUAUACUCUUCAUAAUAUUCAGACAAUUUAUUACUAAUAUGUGUACAUUUUUUUUAUUUUUAAAGUUUGUAAAUGUUGUAAGUAUACCAAGUAAAAUGGUCAUUUGUACAAAAUUUCUGAUUUUAUUGAUUUUCUUUUUUCCUAUUAUCCAUGUACACUUUGUGAUAUAUGUCAACUACUGCAAUAAAGUUUUUAAUUAU